AUGAAUUACGAAGCAUUACUUGAGGAACUAGGAUUGGAUGGUACUCCAUAAAAAUAAAUAAGCAAAUCACCAUAGAAUAAUACAAGAGCAAGUGAUAAUACUUACUUUACCAAAACACCUGAAACAAAACAAAAAAAAAUAAAAUUAAUAUUAAAUGUAAAUUUGAGUUCCAAUCAAGUGGAAUAGUUAAUGAUUUAUUAAGAUGAUGAUCCAAAGUUGAAAGUAUCAGAAUUUUGUCAUUUGCACUAAUUAGACAAGAAUGCAUAAAGUGUAUUAAUAAAAUAGAUCAACAGCAAUACAAAUAAUGAAAAUUAUCAAAGUUAACAUAAAUUACAAUAGUAAAACUAUUAUUCUAAACAAUUACAAUCAUAUUCAACAAAAGAGUCAGAAUAACCAGGGGAAAGACUUUAUCAAUUGGCUUAAAAGAAAAAAGAAUAAAGAGAAAAUCAAAUAAAAUAGUAUUAAACAGAAAAAUAAGAAUAAGAGUAAUAAUAAUUAUAAUCGACUCCUAAAUUAAGCAAGCAAACAAAAAUAUAUUUGGUAUAUAUUAAUUCAUUGACUAAUUUAAGGAAUAAGCAGGAUAUCGUAAGAAUGGUUAUAUGAGAGAGAAAGGAACUUUAAAGGACAAAUAAAUUUAAUAGGUAUUUUUGGAUGAAUAAGGGAAAGAGUAUAAUUUUGUACCUUAAAUAAAUGAAUUGUAAGAUAUCAAUAUUAUUGAUUAGAUCAAAAUAAAUGAGUCAUUAUAUUAGAGAGAAACAACAUUAUGAAAACGUAUUUGAUGAAUUAUAUGAAUAAGCAAGAAAUAAAAUGUACUCACAACCAGAAUAUGAUAUUCCUGAAUGUACUUUCAAGCCUUCAGUGAAUUAGAAUAUUAAGAUAGAUGAAGAUUUUUUAACUAGGAUGGAAAAGAAAUAGGAAGAAUAGAAAGAAAAAAGAGAAUUAAUUAAAAUGAAGUAUGAAAACGUUGACUUAAAAACUCGGCAAUUACUAUAUCGACCUAAAAUAUGUAGAAGUCCUUAUGCUUAAACAUAAUCAGAAAAACGUAUAUGAAUAGAUUAAAUCAUAAGCCAUUCAUGAGAAGCUUUAUUUAUAGUCCAAGUUAAAGUCAGAAAAAUUACAGUAAAUGUCUGAAUAAAAAAUCAUGGAGGAAAAAGAAUCAUAAAAUGUUAGAUUGAAAAAUGAAUUGUCAGAGGAUAUCGUAUUUCUUUAAAGAAAAAAGAUCCUAAAACAAUUAUUUAUUGAAAUGGAUUCAAAUAAAGAUGGUUAAAUAUAAUGUUCUUAUGAAGAAAUUAAUAAUCUAUCUCCUAAUAUUAUAUAAACUCUUUGGCCUGUAUUAAAAUUAUUAUAGGAAUAAAAACGAUCAUUAGAUUUUGAUGACUUUUUUGAAAAUGUUUAUGAAUAUUGUAUCAAUCUACCAUAAAUCUAAAAAGAUAUCAUUUUCAAGAAGUCUAAAAAUAAUUAUAUUACUAUGAAAGAUUAAGAUUAUACUUUCACUCCAAAGACUAAUAAAAAAUCUAAAUCCAUGAAUACAGUUCAUUAUCCUAGUUGUAAAUGUGAAAUAUGCUCAUAAAUUGCUAUUAUAUAAAGGCAAUUAAAUGAUUAAUGA